CUUCUGGAAUGCAGAUGUUGCGCCUUUGUGAACUACGUUUUCGCACUGUCAUUAUUUCCGUUUCCACUUCAACAAGCAACACUCUUUUUUCGGGGCUUUGCAUUUUCCACUCUCAACUCUUCCAGCCCGCUGGAUCUGUAACCAUUACUCAAGUCAAACGUUAUCUUUGAAAUGGGGGACAUCGAAGCUCCCGGUACGACUGGACCGCGCCAAAGUGUCCUUCAAACGAUUCUCCCAAUCGCAAAAGAAUUCGCAUCUUCACGGAAAGGACAACUUCUUAUUGCAGAAGUGGCUCUGUCCCUCAUCGCGUUCAUCUGUUUUGUGGCAUCCACGGCAGCAGCCUUUGUCACAGCACCCCUCAUUGAGUUCCUGGCUGCCCUCUUCCUCCUUUUUGCCUAUUCCACCAAAUUCAAUGAGCGAUUUAAGGGAUUCCACUUCCCCCUCAUGGAUUUUCUGCGCUGUGUCAGUGCGUCCAUUAUCUUUUUUAUCAUCUCCAUAAUAUCAGUUUCCAAGUUCACAGACGGGGCCUCUAAAGCAGCAGGGGUGUUUGGGUUCAUUGCCACUAUUGUUUUUGCUCUAGAUUUUUACUUCAUCUUUAAUGACCUGGCUAAUUUCCUCAAACAAGGAGGGGACUCAGGUGACGAGCCACCAAGAACCUCAGAGUACAAUGACUCAGACUCUGACUCGGACUGAAGAGGUUCUAGCCCAGGGACCAUGUGUCCACCAUGCCUGGCAGGAAGACAUCCAUUCUGCAGACGUCAACGGCAUCCCGAAGGAUUCACAUUUCAUUUUAAACCGACGUGAAAACAGGUCUUUAGCGCUUUGGAAUGUUGGCACAUACAAAAUGAUCAAUUACAGUUACAUGAUUCUUUUCCAAAUGCUCUAAAAUUGCCCAAACCCUGAAAUACAUUUCUGAAGCUGUGAAUGAACUGUGGUAUUUUUAGUGAUGGCUAUUGGUUUGCAGUUGCUCAGCCUCCAUAAUACCAAGAGGAGCAUGGGGAACAAAGGCAGAUGACACUACAUUUUUACACAAUUGAAAAGAUUGGCAGCUGGUUGGCUGGUUACACCAUCUGUCCGAUCAUCAUACUUGCUUUGCUUGACUUUUUCAUUUUCUGGUGUCCUUUAUUGAAAAUGUUGCUGUAUCUGAUGUGAUAUCCUAGCGUUAAAAUCAUUUUUGUGAUAGAUCCAUGUUCACUGAGCUGAGAAGACUGUGCAUGGCACUUAGCUACUUCCUAAAUGGCCACUUCCUGUUUGAAUUUGAUUUGUCAGCAGAAUUUCUCUUUUCUUCCAAUUCCGAAAGCUUUUAAUCACGGAGAAGCACUGGGAGACUUUUGUGAUUGUGUUUGAAAUGUAAACUGCAAAUGGGGUAGGACUGCAUUCAAUUAUUGAAAAUGGUACACCAAAAUGUUUUCCUAUUCAGAAGGGUUUUCUUACCAGGUUUGUACAUCAAACAUUUGUCAAUUUGCAGGUCAUGUAAAGAAAAUAAGAAAGAAAUCAGUUGAUUUUCAGCUAUUUGUAAGCUUCAAUUUGUUUAAUAAAAAAUGAAGACAUGUUCAA